AUGCGCCCCCUCUACGGCGAGCAGCACAUUGACAUCGAUCUCGAUGGGCAUGACGCCGAUUUUAUCGGGGAAGCAGACCCGGAUCCCUCGGAUCCGACCAUUGUGGUCAUGCGCACCAAGAAGAUGAAUGGCUCGUACAUCCAGCUGAUCCAACCGGAAGAUGAGGACCCAAGGAAAAGCCUCUCGGCCAGCGUGCGCGAACGUCGAAAAUGGUGGCGCGCGCUGAAGCCGCUGAAGACGAUUUUAUUCAAGCUGAAGCUAUUGUUCGUCAUUGCAUUAUAUUCCCUAUUCGGCGCCUGGCUAUUUAUGCAUUUGGAGGUACCCACCGACUUGGCAAAAAAGGAAAAACAAUUCAAUCAGCGCUUCAUCGCGCGCGACGAUCUGGUGAUACGGCUCCGCGGCAUCCACCAGGACAAUCGGGAGAAUAGGGAGGAGAAGUGGAAGGAGGCCAUCAUCAGCUUUGAGCAGAGUUUGGAUAUGGACGAGCCGGUUAUCGAAACCUCCUGGACCUUCUGGAUGUCAUUUUUGUAUGCGGGCACCAUUUUUACGACUAUUGGCUACGGUAAUAUCGCGUGCGCGACGACGGCUGGGCAGGUGGCCACCGUAAUCUACGCGAUAUUCGGCAUCCCAAUAAUGAUCGUGAUUUUGAACGAUCUGGGGGAUGUGCUCCUGUUUAUGGUGAAGGGAUUCACGAAUGGCGUGGCCGAUGUUUCACUUUUGAUAUCGGUGAAGCUCGGUUUUUACGGUCUGGAGGAGGACGCGGAGCAGCGGAAGCGCUACAACCACAUCAUGAAGAGAUUGGGGCAAUAUGGACUUGCCGAUGCCACUUCGCUCAGCACUCUCACCACCGACUAUCAACGGGCGCUGGAAUCGGGCGAUCCGAAGGCCAUUGAGGGCAUGAUGAGCGGCUUCCAGGGCAAGGCCAAAUUCCUGAUGCCGCUGAUUAGUAAGAACGCCGGGAACAAGGUGAUGAACCAGUUCAAGGAGGAGGCCAAGGCGAAGGGCAUCGACAUCCCGCCAGUUCUUACCAAUCUCGACCCACAGACUGGAAUGCCCGCCUUCGCCAAGGCGGAUCGCGGCGAUUUCCGCGAAUUUAUCGAAGCUGCCGAGGUGAAAAAGCAGCAAACCGACCGCAUCGAGCAGCUGUUCAGCGAACGCCAGACUCGUUCCCCAUCAUUUGCCGGCCAGGCCCUCGUCAACACGGCCAUGGUCACCGAGGAGAUGAAGAAGAAGACGGCCGAGGUCGAGAUACAGACGUGGACGCUGGACGAGCUGUUCCAAGAGUGGAAACCCAAUUGCCAUAUCGAGGUGCAGACACGACCGGAAAUGGUGGAAGAGCACAGCCACGAGGGACAGGUGUGGCCAUCGAUGGAGGAGGUGUACACACAAUAUGACGUUGCCCUGAUCCCGGUGUGGAAGCCCAAACGCAAGCCGUCGAAA